AUGUCUGAACCAGGUCCAAGCUCAAUCCCCACCUCCGCCGACCCCCGCAGCCACCGCCCAACCAAGCGGCGCGCUGUAACCCCCCAUAGCGAACAAGCGAGCGCAAUCACCUCUCUUUUCCGUGACCCGUCCAAAGAAAUAAAGCUUCCCUCGGCGCCUUCCCAGAGAACCGCUUCAUCUUUACCGGCGCCUCCCGAGAUAGUUGCGAACGUGCAGGGGUCGUCCGCUGGUGCUGGGUCGGGAGAAUUCCACGUGUACAAGGCGAGUCGGCGACGCGAGUAUGAGCGGUUACGGCUUAUGCAGGAUGAGGUUGAUAGAGAGAAGGAUGGGGCGGAGUGGCAGAGGCAGCAGGAUGAAGUGAAGAGGAAGGACGAGGAGAAGACGGAGAAGAAUCGGAAAAGGAGGGAGAAGAGGAAUAAGGCGAAGGCAAAGGGCGGAAAGAAAGGUGGUGCAGGUGCUGCGGGCGGUGGUGAGGCGAAGGGGGAUGAGAUGGAUGUUACAGAGGAGAAGACAGCGACGAAGGGGCCUGAAGGCAAUGGGGACCAAACCGUGGAGGCCGUCGAGGCGCCUGGUGUGAUCAUUCAUGACGACUAA